AGCAGGUCGUGAAGGCUGUGGUGCGACUGCGGAACUGCAUCGACGCUGACUCUUUAAACAUGGCUGUAAAACUGCCAGCCUUGGUGCUGUGUGCUUGGGUUUUGGGACUGUGCCAUGUGGGAGCAUCAGCAGAGAUAUUCAGUCCUGAUGAUUCAGCCAUCUGUCGUGGGGGUCUUGAGGUCGUCUACCCGGAGUUGGACAUCACCGAGUGUCUGGUCGUUCCAAGCAAAUUCAGAAAGAAACUCAGCACGACUUGGUGGGCGCCGGGGGUAUACUUUGCUGCCGCUCAAAAGGACAAGCGAUACACUCUGGUGAUGAUUGACCCUGAUGCCCCAAGCCACACGAGACCCACCUCCGCCUCCUGGAGACACUGGGUGGUGGCGAACAUAAAGGGCUCUGAUCUGAAGCAAAGGCUCCCUCGAGGGACCACCUUAACUGAUUAUUCUCCACCAACUCCCCCUCGCCACUCUGGCUUCCACCGCUACCAGUUCCUGUUGUUUGAGCAGCACUCAGAUAUGCAGGUGGCACUGACGGAACAAGAGGCGUCGUCUAGAGGUCAUUGGGACCUCAACGCCUUCGUCAACAGGCUGGAUUUGGGGGCACCUGUGGCGGCUGUGCAAUUUAUCACCCAGAACUACAAGGAUUGAGCAACUACAGGACGGCUGCUUCAGCUCCACUAAUACGGUUCAAUCAUUCUAAAAUAAACCGCUUCAAGUCUGAAAAGCUUGCAGCAGUUUCAUGACCUUUUAUCAGAAAGUGAAAGACUUCCUGUGCGAGCUACAGCUGCUGU